UUUUGCGACUGAGCUGAAUAGUUUCUCCCAUUACCACUCCGCAUACUAGCUCCAGCCGCUUACCGUCCGCAUACUCUGCAAGAUCGCCUCGUAGUGCGCCCAGCCAUGGCGCUCUCGCCUCGUCUUUUCGCCGUGAUCCUCGCUGUGACUGUGGCUGCCAUGGCGGCGCUGGCUAGCGCGCAGGGAGGGGACCCGUCAUUCAACCGCAACUUCGCCUUCUCCUCGUGGUGCAAGCCGCCCUACUGCACGCGCGGGGCUGACGGCUCCGUCGCCCUCGCCGUCAACGCCAAGUCCGUUGGAGCGUUCGAGUCGACGGGCAUUUACAGCUAUGGCGUCUACUCGGUGCGCAUGAAGCUGCCCGCGGGGUACUCGGGCGGCAUCAUCCCGUGCCUGUACCUCAUCACGCCGGGCGCCGUCUCGUACCAGUCCAUCCACGACGAGAUCGACCUCGAAUUCCUCGGCGGCACGGACCCCAUGAACAUCACCAUCCACACGAAUCUUAUCACGGGCGGGCAGGUCAAGCUGGAGCAAUUCCGCUUCCCGUUUGACCCGUCGGCGGCGUUCCACACGUACACCAUCGUGUACUCGCCCGACCGCGUGGUGUGGAUGAUCGACAACACGCCCAUCCGCAUCACUGCCAGGACCCCCGGGAAGCCUUUCCCCUCCGACAACGUCAAGAUCAUGGGAUCCAUCUGGGACGCGUCGUCGUGGAGUAAGCUCAAGCCAAGCUUCGCACGCGGCCCCAUCGUGGUGCAGUACAGCAACUUCGACGUCCGCAGGACGUGCCGUGUGCCGCCCAGCGGCGCCGUGCCUCCCUGCAAGGCUUGGCGCAGCCCCGCCCGGGCGCCGUGGAUGGCAUCGCCGACAGCGGGCCAACUGGCGCGCUUUAGGCAGUACCGCCAAAGGUUUCUCGUGGCUGACUAUCCCUGGGGCCCCGCCAAGUGAGUGACUUGCAACGAAAGGAUUAGGGAGAGCAGUUUAGUUGUAGGACGGGGACGCUUACUUUCCUUUGCGUACAAGAUGCAAUUGGGGCCACUGGACUCGUUUGGUGUGACAUGGCUGGGAAUAACUAGGGAGGGCUUAGGAGCCUUAUGGGCAUACUCUGGCGAUAUGCUUUGUUGAACUAAGCACUAGGACUGGGAUUUUUUUUACUAUGUUCUAUGUGUUGGGACAGGUAGAUGCUACGAGCCUAUUCCUACGUGACAUUCUGGAUUUAGCCCCUCAAAUUUGCCUGUGAGAACAAUUUUGAUAUGAAGUAAUG